CACAAACCCAUAAAAGCUCUUCUCGCUUCUCUCUCUCUUCUCACUCACUCACACCGAAUCUGUUUCCAAGAAGAACGAAGUUGGUGAAGUCGCCGCCGGGACAACACCGUUUCACUAAUGAUCACACACAUGCAACAUAACCCAUCAAUGUUUGGGUUUCGAGCUUCCAAGCUCCUACUCUCUGUUCUCUUCUUGAUCCAGCUUCUAUCUACUCAACUCCUUGCUCAAAGAUCCAAAUCUCCAUGGCAGACACUCACUGGAAAGGCACCUCGUGUCAUAGCACGAGGUGGGUUUUCCGGGUUAUUUCCAGAUUCAAGCCUCAACGCUUACAAUUUCGUAGCGCCCACAAGUGCUCCCAACACUGUCUUGUGGUGUGAUGUGCAACUCACAAAGGAUGGAGUUGGGAUUUGCUUCCCUUCUGUGACCAUGUACAAUGCUUCCAACGUCCAAGAUGCUUACCCUAAAAAGAAAAACUCUUACCUCCUUAAUGGAGUCCCUACACAAGACUGGUUCACCAUCGAUUUCACCUCCAAGGAUCUCCAAACCGUGUUCUUGAUCCGAGGGGUAUUAUCACGGUCAGAUGCAUACGAUAACAACCAAAACGUGAUUUCAACGGUUCAAGAGAUAGCUACACAGUUGAAGAAACCUAAGGGUUUUUGGUUAAAUGUUCAGCACGACGCUUUCUACACGCAACACAACCUUAGCAUAAGCAGCUUUCUGCUAACAGUUUCAAAAACUGUGAUCAUUGACUACAUCUCUUCCCCUGAGGUGUCUUUCUUCCGGAACAUCCGGUUUGGUAAAACCAGACCAAAGUUUGUGUUCAGGUUUCUAGACAAAGAUGAAGUUGAGGUGUCAACUAAUCAAACCUAUGGAUCUCUCAUGAAAAACCUAACUUUCAUCAAGACCUUUGCUUCAGGGGUUCUUGUUCCAAAGUCUUACAUAUGGCCGGUGAAAGACCAGUACUUGCUUCCACAUACAUCUUUUGUUAAAGAUGCUCAUAGAGCAGGGUUAGAAGUAUAUGCAUCAGGCUUUGCAAAUGAUUUUGAUAUUGCGUAUAACUAUAGUUAUGAUCCAUUGGCUGAGUACUUAUCUUUUAUGGAUAAUGGGGACUUCUCUGUUGAUGGUUUUCUAUCUGAUUUUCCAUUAACCGCAUCGUCAGCUGUUGAUUGUUUCUCUCAUCUUGGAAGUAAUGCUUCAACACAAGUGGAUUUUCUUGUUAUAUCCAAGAAUGGAGCAAGUGGAGACUACCCUGGCUGCACUGACUUGGCCUAUUCAAAGGCUAUCAAAGAUGGUGCUGACGUCAUCGAUUGCUCUGUUCAAAUGUCAUCAGACGGGGUCCCUUUUUGCUUAAACUCAAUUGAUCUUGUAGAGAGCACAAACAUUAUCCAAAGUCCGUUCAAAAACCGCUCAGCAACUGUUCCUGAGUUUAACUCACUUGCUGGAUUAUACAGUUUUAAUCUGGCAUGGUCUGAGAUUCAGACUUUGACACCUGCUAUUACAAACCCUUAUAACGGGGGUUUUAAGAUGUUUAGGAAUCCGAGGGAGAGAAGUUCAGGGAAGCUUGUUACACUCUCCCAGUUCCUGAACUUUACCAAAAACUCCAGCUCACUAGUUGGUGUUUUGAUCAACGUUGAGCAUGCAGCGUACCUGAGAGAGAAGCAAGGUCUCGACAUUGUUAAAGCAGUUCUAGACACACUCAAAGAAUCUGGUUACAGCAAAAGGGUUAUGAUUCAGUCAUCUAACAGCUCAGUCUUGGUUGACAUCAAGAAACAUAGCCGGUACGAGACAGUAUACGAAGUGGAAGAAACAAUCCGUGACAUCCUCGACUCUGCGAUCCAAGACAUUAAGACAUUCGCUGACGCUGUUGUCUUCAAAAAACUAUCAGUCUACCCUGUCAGCGCUAGCUUCAUAACCGGACAGACUAAUCUAGUGGAGAGGCUACAGAAGAAGUUUAAGCUUCCGGUUUACGUUGAAACGUUCAGGAACGAGUUUGUUUCUCAGGCUUGGGACUUCUUCUCUGAUGCGACCGUGGAGUUAAACACGCAUGUUACUCUAGCUGGUGUCAGUGGAACCAUCACUGAGUUCCCUCUCACUGCUGCAAGAUACAAAAGGAACAGGUGUGUGGCUAGAGAAGACACGCCUCCUUACAUGAUCCCAAUUCAGCCAGCUGGCCUGUUGGAAAUCGCGAGUCCUACUUCUUUACCUCCAGCUGAAGCACCAAACCCGGUUUUCACAGAUGCUGAUGUCACUGAACCACCAUUACCUCCGGUUAUAGCUAGAGCUUCAGCCACUAGCCCUGGACCUUUAUCAACAGAUCAAAAAGCUCCUAAUGGACAAGCUCGAGUGGCUCUAUCUCUUCUUCUUUCAGCGCUCUCUAUGGUUCUUGCCUCUCUUCUACUACUUCUUUGAGGGAAUUGACUGAGUCCUUAGAAUCUUGUCCUCUCCUAACGGUUCUUGAGAUUCUUUGCAGUGAUUUCUUAUUAGGGGGCUUUUGUUUGUUCAUAUUCUUAGUUAUCAUGGGGAUUUGUUGUUGUAGCAUUAUUCACUGUAGUGUUCUUUAAAAAUCUCUUUGUGUGUGAUUUGUAGUAUUAAUGAGAUUCUAUCAUUGUUAGUAGAUAAAUUUAGGUGUAUGUUUUUACAAUAUAUGUAAUAUUUUAAUCAUUGGAGAUGAGAUGAAA